GAGUUGCACUGUACCGCAGAGAGAGAGAGAGAGAGAGAGAGAGAGAGAGAAAAUAGAGCAGCCCUGAAUGUCAAAGCUCAGUGUGCCUAGCUGUGUGCGUAUCAGAAGACUGAGCAGACCACACCACACCUGCUCAGCGCUAAAUAGAGCUGUUUUCACCAUAUAGCAAACCUCAGCAUUUCCUGCUUAUUAGGGCUCAGUGGGACUGGAAGAGCUUAUGCUUAGAACUCUGGACCAAACAUCUUUAUUUACACUGUUGCUACCUGCCAAACUGCCUGUUCGGAAGACUGUUGUUACCUGACGACUUUAAAUCCAAAACUCUCUCAGUGUUCAUCAAGGGACCACCAGACACCUGUAAUCAUCGGUAGAACACUGGAAAAAUGAAUGGCAGUGACUACAACAUUGACUAUUAUGGCGACGGUGAGGAAUCAUAUGACUACGAUGAAAUGCCGUGUGAUCUGAAUGGCAACCAUGAGACAGAACUGAUGGUGCAGGCCUAUGUGCAUUCCAUCAUCUGCAUCUUGGGCUUUCUGGGAAACAUCCUGGUGAUCAUCACCUUCGCCUUCUACAAGAAAGCCAAGUCCAUGACGGACGUGUACCUCCUGAACGUGGCUCUGGCUGACCUGCUGCUCGUCGUGGCCCUCCCGCUCAUAAUAUACAACGAGAGAAACAGCUGGAGCAUGGGAGCCUGGGUAUGCAAACUGCUGCGGGGCGUGUACAGCAUAAACCUGUACAGCUGCAUGCUCCUGCUGGCCUGCAUCAGCAGCGACCGCUACAUCGCCAUCGUUCAGGCUAGGCGGUCCUUCAGGUUCCGCUCGCAGGCGCUGUUCUGCAGCCGUCUCAUCAGCGCAGCCGUCUGGGUGCUGGCGGUCGCCCUCUCCGUCCCCACCUUCUUAUACAACGACAGGUAUGAGGCCUACAGCGGCAGGGGCGAUGCGAAUACGGCGGUGUGCUACUUUAGGUUCGACCAGAACGAGACCGCAAGGCUGGUGAAGGUGCUGGUGCCCAGCACGCAGGUGGCAGUGGGGUUCUUCCUCCCCCUGCUGGUCAUGGUCCUCUGCUACUCCAGCAUCGUCGCCACCCUGCUGCAGGCCCAGAACUUCCACAGGCACAAGGCUGUGCGUGUGGUCAUCGCCGUGGUUGGGGUCUUCAUCGUCUGCCAUCUGCCGUACAACGUCACCCUCCUGUGUCGCACCGUGGGCCUCUUCAAGAAGAAGAGGUGCGGGAUGGAGAAGGCCGCCGAGCUGGCGCUGAGGGUCACAGAGACCCUGGCGUACCUCCACUGCUGUCUCAACCCAGUGCUGUACGCCUUCAUUGGGGUGAAUUUCCGAAACCACUUCCGGAAGAUUCUGGUAGAUCUGUGGUGCCUGGGGAAGAAGUACAUUUACGGCAGGCGGUCGUCAUCAGUCACCUCAGAAUUUUACAUCUCGGCUCGAAAGUCCACUGAUGGCUCCAACAAUGAACACGGGUCCUCUUUUACUAUAUGAAGAAGAGCUAUAAUUUCACAAUCUCUACAAACCCAUUAAAAUACUUCAGUGUUUCUUUAAUUUGUUGGUACACAAUCUUGCCAUUACAACUAGAAAUAGUCAAGGAAAAAAUAAGUGUAAU